GUUCUCCUCAUGUUCUUGUCGUGGCUGCAGAGCAUCUGCAGCAUGGAUACAAUCUUUGAGAUUGGGCAGUGAUUGUGAUCCGCCUUCGUUACGUUUUCUCCCAAGAAUCUAUGGUUGCAAUUACCAUCAAUGCACUUCGCAUCGAUUGCAUCGACAUGAGGUUCUUCAUUGCUCAGGCGGACGGGUCCGAUUAAAUUCGUUAUUGCUACGCGGAUAGCGUGCGUGGUGCACCUCAACCGCGUUGAGAUAAAAAGAUCAUAUUUUAUGGACAUGUAGCCUGGAAUCGGUUUGUACUUCAUCUAUCUGACUUUGCUAUCUAUGUCAACAUCGUCCUUUGAAUCCUUAAACUUGGACGAGUUCUCUUUAGAGAACCCUGUCAAUUGCUCCGCAGGCCGGCGCAGCCGUUUGGUGCGUCUGAGUCGUGAUAGCCCUCACUUCGCGAAAGUCGAAGACCUUUUCAACAAAGGAUGGCGACAUGGAAAGAAAGCCAGGCCACAUAUACAAGGAAUUUUUAAGAUCCUUUGGCCCGACAGCAAUCUUGAGCCAUAUCUACAAUACAGGAAGCAAGUGCAGGCCCGCGUAAGGGCUCGGAACGAGGCAGGGAACGAGAAGCUGCUCUUCCACGGUACCAACAGGGCAUGUCUCCUGGGAGAAACCUCAAAAAACAUUCUGCUGUGUGGCCUUAAAGAGUGUUAUCUUUGUUCUAUCUUGCGGGCAUCUUUUGAUGUCAAGAAAUGCGGCGCGAAGAAUGCGUUCAAGAGGUUUGGGCAUGGGAUAUAUACCUCUGUUUGCUCAUCUAAAGCUGAUGAUUAUUCUUGCAACUUGUCUCAAGAUGCACGCCUCCACACCUUGCUGGUCAAUCGUGUUGUAGUUGGGAGGCCAUACAGACGGUACAGGAAUGCACCCAGCCUCGUAAAACCUCCCGAUGGUUUUGAUUCUGUUACUGGUGAGAUUGGCUGGGACCUGAACUACGAGGAAACCGUAUGCUACACAAAUGACGCUGUGCGUCCUGCAUAUCUUAUCGUAUAUGGACAUAAGCCCAAAGAUUCGCUUAAGCCAAGCUUUAAGACCCUGAUGUCAACGAUAUUCAAGACACCGUUAGUCUCAUGAACGAACGUUCGAUUUCGCCGUCACAUUCAUGAUAAGGCAUGGAGGCGCUGCUUGAUUAUUUAUUAGAAGCAGUCAUGUACUUUUUAUAUAAUUAACAUAUCGCUGCAGAAUGCUCAAAGUUUGUGCAAUAGAUUCGGAUUUGAUGUGGCUGUGCAAUCACAUAGUUCUUUCGCCUCA